CAGGCCACCUCAAAGAGCAGCAGGUCCUCCACAGGCAGAUCGUCUUCCUCCCAGGCCGGCAGCACCCCGCUCAGGGACGUCAUGGACAGGGAGCGUGACAGCGGCAUCUUAAAGCGUCUGGAGGUCAGUCAGACACCGUGUGUGAAGAAAUGAUUUUACCAGGCCUGCAGGUGGAGGUCCUGGGAUCGACUGUGACAAUCCUCCAGGACAAGACAAGAGGGACUGGGAUCACAGAGCUACCACUCCUCCUACUAACGCUGUGUUUCAGCCAGCAGGAGCCCGCAGGAACAUAUUAUUCUGAACUGGAUGAAGGAUCCAGAAGCGAACAGUGCUGACAACAUUUCCCAGAAGAGCUGAUGGGGGACACAUUUCAGCAGCAGCAGACAGAUCCGCAAUUUACAGCGCAGGGACGCAGGCCACUGUGAUUGGCUGUGAGCUUUAAGUGCAAGAGAUUCUGUCCCAACAUGAGACUUGUGGCUCUGGCUGUGGUGUGCGGGCUCAUUGUGGCUCAGGAUGGACGAAGUGUGGAAACAGCUCUGCCGGGAUUUGACUCUGCACACAGGACACGUGCAACAGGGUCAGUCGUCUCUGCACUCCGGAGAUCUGCGGGAGAGUUUCUGACGGAAGAUGGAGCCCCGUGUAUGUCCCUCAGGGAAAACGAGGACCAAAGGCAGCUCCUGUGCAACCCCCGCCGGGGUAAAUUCAACAUCAACGCGUUCGGGUUCCGCUUCGGGAAACGCUACAACGGCUACAUCUACAGAAGAGCGGUAAAACGAGCCAGGAGAAAUAAACUCUCACCCCUUCUUCUAUUCUCGCGAAAGGUCGAGGUGCCUACCUGAAACAGAUGUGAGUCUUCCUCUGAGGACACGGGUCCCAUUGGUGGAAUUUCAACAUGUGACAAGAGUUUUCCCGCUUGUAUUU